AUGGUGGCCAAGAAGCGCAAGUCGAAGCGUGUGUCGCUCAAGACGAAGUACAAGGUUGAGCGCAAGGUGAGGCAGCACCAUAAGAAGAUGAAGAAGUUGGCUCGUGCCGGGCAGGGCCCGCGCAAGUCCAAGAAGGACCCGGGAGUUCCGAACCUGUGGCCGUUCAAGGAGCAGCUGAUGCUGCGGGCCAAGGACCAGGCUGAGCGCAAGAAGGCCGAGGCGGCGGAGCAGAAGCGGCGGCGGAAGGAGCUGAAGGCAAAGCGGCGGGCAGCGGCAGCGGCAGGAAUCGAGAUGGCGCCCGAGGGUGCUUCGGAGAUGGCGGCGUUUAUGCGCAAGGCGCAGCAGGACAACUCUGCAUUCAAGGUUGCGCAGGCGGAGCGCAAGGCGAUGGAGGCACGUGGCGGCAAGAUGACCGACUCGUCGCGGCGGGCGUUCUACCGUGACUUCCGCAAGGUUGUGGAGGAGGCGGAUGUGCUGCUGGAGGUGCUGGACGCACGCGACCCGCUCGGGUGCCAGUGUCUGUCUGUGGAGGACUACGUGAUGCGAAACCACCCGAACAAGCGGAUUGUGUACGUGCUGAACAAGAUCGAUCUUGUGCCCAAGGAGGUUGUGGCGCAGUGGGCGUCGUUCCUCAAGUCGCGGUUCCCGACUAUCUUGUUCAAGGCGACGACCAAGUCGCAGAAGAACAACCUGGCGCGCGGCAAGGUGAAGGCGACCAAGGCAUCAACCAAGAUGAUGAAGACGACCGAGUCGCUCGGCGCCGAUGCGCUUGUCUCGCUCCUCAAGAACUACUCGCGUUCGGGCGAGAUCAAGACGGCGAUCACGGUCGGAGUCAUGGGCUACCCCAACGUGGGCAAGUCGUCGGUGAUCAACUCGCUCAAGCGGUCCAAGGUGUGCAAGGCUGGGUCGUCGGCGGGCGUGACCCGUGCGACGCAGCUCAUCAACCUCGACCGCAACAUCAAGCUCAUCGACUGCCCCGGCAUUGUGUUCUCGGCGUCGUCCGAGGACGAGCUCAUCCUGCAGAACGCGAUCAACCUUCAGCAGGUCGACGAUCCGAUCGGGUGCGUCGAGGCCAUCAUGACCCGGGUCUCACCGGAGCACCUCAUGUACACGUACAAGGUGCCUGUCUUUGCAGACGUCGACGACUUUCUGGUCCACAUUGCUGAGAAGCACAACCUCAUUGCCCGCAAGGGCAUUCCCAACCGCAUUGCCGCAGCCACCCUCGUGCUCAAAGACUGGAUCUCGGGUGGCAUCCCGUACUACACCCUGCCGCCGAGCGACUCGAUCGCCAAGACCUCGCAGGUCUCGGCGCAGAUUGUGUCCAGCUACAACGACGAGUUCAACCUCGACGAGGCGUUUGGCGCCGGCCAGUCGGCACUCCUUGAGGCUGCAGCCCAGCCGAUGGACACCUCGUCGCGCUUUGCCGUCGUCAACGCCUCGGCGCCGGUCGGCGGCGACGCAGCCUGGCUCGCGGCCUACGGCGACGACGACGGCGCCAUGGUCAUCGAGGGCGAAGAGGGCACUGGCUCGCGCAUCGGCGUCGACACCAAGGAGCUUCUCCGCCGCGAGCGCAAGGCCGCUGCUGCCGCCGCCCGCGCCGCCGCUGAGGACUCGGACUCGGGCCUCGAGUCGGACGAAGACAUGGCGUUCAUGGCCGCCCGUGCCAACCUCAAGGUCAACCAGGCGCGUGCCGCGACGAUGAAGAAGAACAAAAAGGCCAAGGGCUUUAUCACCUCGGCGCCGGCUUCAGGCUCGGACUCGGACUCGGCUGGCGACGACGCCGCGCCGGCCGGCCCGUCCUCGUCGUUCUCCUUCCGCUUUGCCGACGAGAACGCGUCCGAUGCCGAGGCUUCGUCCGACGACGACGACGACGGCAAUGCCAACUACAACUUUGCCACCGACUUUCGGCCGACCACCGUCGUCGGCGGCGAUUCGUCCGAUGACGACGACUCGUCUGAUGACGACGACGUUAUAGCCAUCUCCAAGUCCGGGAUCUCGACACAUUGGCACGUUACCUCCGCGUCGGCGGUCCACGCCUCGCAGCUCGGCGCGCCGGGUGUUCCGCUGACGGUCACCAUUCCGCUGGAGGGUGCAGACCGGUUCACAUGGAUUCAGUUUGGCUCGCAGCCUCCGGUUGCGCUGCCAUCGGGACACGCGUCGCCGUCGCCGUCGUCGCGCCUGCUGGACGUCUCGGGUCUCUUGGCACACCUCGUUGGCCAGUACGUUAUUUCACCGGUUUCAUCGAGGCUCGUCCUGGUUGGCGGCACCACCGAUGACACCUCACACGGAGCACUGAUUCUUGCUCUCCUUGGCUUUACCUCGGUCUGGGUCUCUCCGCCGGAAGAGGCCCAGGGCGCGGUGACCUAUUCGGGCGUGAGCUCGCCCGGCUACGCGUACGGUGUGAGUCAAAUGUACUCCUCCACCUCGCGCAGCCCCUACCACGACGCAUACUUUGCACCGCAGCCGCAUGUAACCUCGUCUACUGUGCCGUCGGGCGCCACGUCGUCCGAGUCGAUCUCGGCGCGUUCUGCUGCGUCAUCGUCGUCGUCUGGUGGCGGCGGCAGCAGCACCCCUGGCAUUGUUGUCAUCACCAAGAUGCGGCGCGUCUCAGCACGCGACGUCAUCGCCCUCCUCUCCGAGCUUGAUCCUGAAGCCGAAGGAAUCUCUCGUGGGAGCUUUGAGCUUGCUCUCGACAAGCGCUUCCCGCGAGACGACACGUGGUACCUCCAUCGUCUCGGCGGUCAAGCACUCCUCUCCGAGGUGGGCAAGUCACUCGGCCCCAUUUCGUCUGACUUGCUCAACCUCAUGUUUGCCGAUGCCAUCCAGUCUGGUCUCGUCUCGCGCUACCGGGACACCAGCCGAGGCGACCACGUUGGGUGCAAGCUUUUUGUCUGGCCGCCGGGCACUUCGUCCGAGUCUUCGACCAACGAGUCGUCGCAGUCCUCGCUCACCGACGCUGUUUCAGACUCUGAUGUUUACAAUGACGGUGUCAACAUUCUCCUGCGCAUGCUGAGCAAUUCCAACUCGGGCACUGUACUCCAGGCCUCUGUCGGCCAGCAAAUCAAGGCUGCACUCGGCAGCCGAUUCUUCUCGGGCCUUGGUCCGCGAGUCAUCGACAUUGCCGUCGCCCGCAAGCUCGUUCGCGUCGAGCGGCGGGAAGACUCGAAUCAGACUCUCGUUUGCCGGCUCGACCAGGAAUGA